CAGCGCAUUCAGUGUAGGGAGAAGCAGGGACUCACUAUGAGGGGGAACUUUGUAACUAUGAAACUUAGGACUAUUUGCAAAAUAUUGUAAAAAUUACCAAAAUCCCUCGUGAAUCAAUAACCUGCCCCUAGGGUGUGAGGUUUUUAGGUUAGUCCGCCCGGAAAGGGCUUCUACACUCACUAUUCUGACACUUUUUGGAAAGAAUGUGUGAGACAGACAGUUAGCCAGCUAGCUAGCUAGCUGAGAGGUGAUACAGGCGGCAGGAGAACAAAAGAUUUUUUUUUGCGUUUUGACUCGUUGUACUGACACCAAGUCCAUGCAGAACGUGUCAUUACCAUCACAAUGCCCGUUUUACUUUUUCUGAUAGACACGUCCGCUUCAAUGAACCAGCGCACCCAUCUGGGCACUACCUAUCUGGACAUAGCAAAAGGCGCUGUUGAGACUUUUAUGAAGCUCAGAGGGAGAGAUCCGGCGAGCCGAGGGGACCGGUAUAUGUUGGUAAAUUUUGAAGACGUUCCGUUCGGGAUAAAGGCUGGAUGGAAAGAGAGCCAUGCCACAUUCAUGACAGAGCUGAGGAACCUCCAAGCAACCGGACUCACAUCUAUUGGCCAGUCCUUGAGGACCGCUUUUGAUUUACUCAAUCUCAAUAGAUUAGUGACUGGGAUAGACAACUAUGGACAGGGAAGGAACCCCUUCUUCCUCGAACCCGCCAUCAUUAUCACCAUUAGUGACGGCAGCAAGUUGACCAGCAGCGGUGGAGUCCAAGACGAGCUCCAUCUGCCGCUGACCACCCCGCUGCCGGGUAGCGAGCUGACCAAGGAACCCUUCCGCUGGGACCAGCGUCUGUUCGCUCUGGUGCUGCGGAUCCCUGGCAACGCGUCAGUGGAGCCUGAACCCCUCGGUGGUGUCCCGCCCGACGAUUCCCCGAUCACCCCCAUGUGUGAGGUCACUGGAGGUCGUUCCUACAGCGUGUUCUCCCAGCGUAUGUUGAAUCAGUGUCUGGAGUCUUUGGUCCAGAAAAUCCAGAGCGGAGUGGUGAUCAACUUUGAGAAAACCGGUCCUGACCCCCCUCCUCUGGAAGACGCUCCACCCGAGACGCUGAAGUCCAGUCUGCAGCCGUGGCAUUGCUGUCACAAGCUGAUCUACGUACGACCCAAUCCUAAAACAGGGGUCCCCAUCGGUCACUGGCCGAUCCCUGAGGCCUUCUGGCCGGACCAGAACUCCCCCACGCUGCCCCCUCGUUCUGCCCACCCCCACGUUCGCUUCUCCUGUCUGGACUCUGAGCCCAUGGUGAUUGACAAAGUUCCCUUCGACAAGUACGAGCUGGAGCCCUCGCCUCUCACUCAGUACAUCCUGGAGAGGAAGUCCCCACACACCUGCUGGCAGGUGUUUGUUUCUAACAGUGCCAAGUACAGCGACCUGGGCCAACCCUUCGGCUACCUGAAGGCCAGCACGGCGCUGAACUGUGUCAACCUGUUCGUGAUGCCCUACAACUAUCCCGUUCUUCUGCCACUUCUGGAUGACUUGAUCAAAGUGCACAAGUUCAAGCCAACCUUGAAAUGGCGGCAGUCCUUCGAGAACUACCUGAAGACCAUGCCUCCGUAUUACAUCGGGUCCCUGAGGAAGGCCCUGAGGAUCAUGGGUGCACCGAACCUGCUGGCAGAAAACAUGGAGUACGGUCUGAGCUACAGCGUGGUCUCCUAUCUGAAGAAACUCAGCCAACAGUCCAAAAUCGAGUAUGACCGCCUGAUCGCCUCAAUUGGUAAGAAGCUUCCUCCAGAGGCGGGCAUGAAGGUGCGAUGGCGAGGAGGAGGAAUCUCUCUGGCCCAGCGGAGAGACUUCAUCCAGCAGCUGCAGAGUCUCUCCGGAGACGCUCCCUCUCUGCCCAUGGAGCUCAACCCCAAAGAGUUUCAGGGCUUCCAGCUGGCACUGCUCAACAAGAGCCUGAAGCCGCAGAGCUUCAGGAAUCCUUACGACAUCCCCCGCAGCCACCUGCUGGACCAGCUCAGCAGGAUGAGGAGGAACCUGCUCAACACCACCGUCUGCUCCCUCAGAGGGCAGGACUCAGACCAGCUCCACAGCGUGCCAAUAGCCCAGAUGGGCAACUACCAAGACUUCCUCAAAGCUGCUCCUCAGCCUCUUCGAGACGCAGAUCCUGAACAGCCUAAACGUCUCCACACAUUUGGCAACCCCUUCAAACUUGACAAGAAGGGGAUGAUGAUCGACGAGGCGGAUGAGUUUGUGACCGGCCCUCAGAACAAGGGGAAGAGACCAGGAGACAGCAACAACAUGACGGGCGGAGGGCCAAAGAGACGACGCUGUAUGUCCCCUCUGCUGCGUCUGGGCAGAGCCUACACCCCUCCUGUUACACCACCUGCCAGCCCUCGAUCAGACAUAGACAUGACCGAUGGAGCCCCUGAACCCGACCUGAUCAUAAACCACCUGGAUCAGAACCACUACAGCUCAGACUCAGACUCAGAUCACUCCUCGGGGCCUGCAGACCACCAGGAGAACCACACGUCAGAGGACCCCCAGGAUCUGCUGCACGUGGAUGAGGAGGAGGACGAGGAGGAGGAGGAGAACGGGGGACUGCAGGCGAGCGAGUUGAUCCCAGACAGCGAGGGAGGAGCGGAGCUGGUGAUGCUAGCGGACCAGCCUCCUCGCUACCUGUCGCCUACUGCUCUGAAGAAGCACAUUCACACGGAGACCACAAAGGUCAACAACGAGCUGAGGACGCUCAUCACCAAGGAGAUCAGGAAACCUGGCAGGCACUACGAGAAGAUCUUCCACCUCCUGAAGCAGAUUCAGGGCACUUUGGACACCCGACUCAUCUUCCUCCAAAAUAUUAUCAAAGAGGCGGCCAGGUUCAAGAAGCGCGUCCUCAUCGAACAGCUGGAAAACUUCCUGGAGGAAAUCCACACCAGAUCACUAAACCUGAACCACGUGGACACCCUCUGAGACCGGCUCAUUCCCAAACUAAACUGACUGAUAACGAACCCGACAUCUCUCCACAUCCUUUCAAACCCUCCUCCUCCUCCUGAACCAGGACCCACACGGAAACGAGGCAAGACAGCAUCCAGACCUCCAGCGACCAGCUCUUCAGUGGACUCUGCUUUAUUUCAACAGUGAUGGUGGUCUGGUUGGCUUGCACAUGGUAUGAACGUUAAAGAGGACAGUGUUGACGUAUGGAGGGGAGUGAGGAAGCUGCUACAGGUGACGUGUACGAGGUUUGUGAACUUGUUCUCAGGCAUUCCCUGUGAUUCUUCUCCUCCUAAUUAAACUUUCUCCUUCUAAAGAAGAACUUGUGAUUAGUGGAGCGAACAAAGAGAGUGCAGGACUGUUCCUGGAUGUUGAGUCAUGUUUUGAUUGUGAUGAUAGCAGUAUAGGAGAAGGUUCAGGUGUGUUUUCAGCCAACUCAGGGUCAAACAGGAUCCAACGGUAAUUCUCAUGAAUCACUUUUCUUCCCUCACCUCUUUUCUUUUCUUUCACUUCUUUCCUCCACGUGGUUCUAAGUUUCAGGCGUUUUGUUCUGUGGGAGGAUGACGUUCUGUUGUUCUGUUUAAAAUGUACUUUCUACACUCCACUAACUGAAGCACUCCGAUGCUGUGCUCUUAAAAAGGUAUGACUUAGCUCAAGUAUCGAAUUGAUCAACUUGGGGUUAACCUUCCAGACUGACAGUUAAUAUAACUGAGUAGUACUUAAAAGAUGUUUUAAGAUUCGUUCCCCUUUUGGGAAACACGCUCAUUCACAGUUUUCUUUUUGCACCUGGAGACGGUAAAGUUAAAGAUCUGUUGAAAUGUUUUGAAUGAUGUGAUAUCAUUGGUUACAAAUGUUGAAAUACAGGGAGAACAAGCUCAGGAACUCACACAAAUGCAUCUUAAUCAGCAAUAACAUUGGCGCCACUUUUCCCUUCGUCUUUAUUCAAAUUUUGGCCUGAAAAGCUGAAAUGAAACACAAAUUCUCACCUGGAUAGUUGAAGGACCGAGGUGUCGGAUGCCAGCUUGUUGUAAUGUGCUGGUCGCUGCCAAAUAAUGUAACCCCCACCCCCCCUGAAACCCCCCUCCUCCUCCUCCUCCUCCGCCAUGAAUCCCAAACCAACUCCUUGUCACUUAACCGUGAAUGCACUUGUGUACAUUUGAGAAUAUUUAUUUAAUCUAAUUUAAAAGAAGAAUACCUUUUUGUUGUGGAAGUGUUUUUUUCUCCCAACAGUCCAUAUUUUUGUCAUCUGACUUGUUCCAUUUUCUCAAAUCUACACAAAUAAUCAGAACUGAGGUCGAGAGCUCAAGAGUUGAUUUCUGAUUCAGGGGGCAGCCCUCUUCUGUUCCCUCCCUCCUCGGACAGGGACCAAAAUCUGCCAUACUUGUCUUUGUUUGUGAAGAGGCCGCUACCAAAAGAGUAUUUUGAAUACACUGUAAAGAUGUAAAUAACCCUAGAGUACUAUUUAAAGAGAAUGUUCAGUGGAAAAUGGCCUUUUUGUAAGUAUUUCCAUGAAUAAAGUUUCUAUUUUACACUGUGAAGGGCCAUGUAAAUAAAGUGUUCUGUAAACAUGUGA